AUGGGUGUCUGUGGUAUUCCAACUGUGAAACCCAAACAAGGAAAGCUUAUGUACAUUGGAUUUAUUUUAUUUGGUGUUUUGAUGUCAACACUGACAUUUAUACCAGACUUUAGAAGAUUCUUUGUGGUAAAUUCUCGUUACUGUAGCAGAAAUACAAGUCAAGGAAAAUGUGAUACUUUGGUGGGACACAUUUUGCUGUACAGAUUCUUCAUUGGAAUGAUGGUUUUCUUUUUGUUCUUGGCGAUAAUCAACUGCCAGCUGACUGUGUUUACAACGUUCAGCCAUUGGCUCGAGAAUGGCUUCUGGUUCAUAAAGUUUCAUUUGUUUUGUUUGUGUGUUCUCUUGACACUUCUCAUUCCGGAAGGACACCUCAGUAAUGCCAUAAUGCAUGUUGGUUGGAUUGGAAGUUUUAUUGUGAUGGUUAUCCAGACCAUUUUAAUCAUUGAUCUAGCAAAAGCUUUAAAUGGUUAUUGGGUAGAGAGAAUGGAACUCUCAGACCGGCCAAAAUGGUGGUAUUUUUCAAUGUUAUUCUUCACAUCUCUGUUAUAUACCCUUUCUUUAGCAUUCAUUGUAUAUUUCUAUGCCACUUACACCAUUUCAAAAGAUUGUAGAACAAACUUAAUUUUUAUCACAACUGUUGUUUUGCUUUGUACUUUUGCAUCACUUUUGUCAAUUCAUCCCAAAGUGCGAGAAACUGGACUCCUUCAAGCUGGCAUUGUUACAUCAUAUUCUGUUUAUUUUGGUUGGACCUGUAUGCAGCAUUAUCCUUAUUCUGCCUGCAAUCCUAGCUGGAAUUCUUUAAUCCUUACAGAGUUUAAUUUUCACAUUCAAUUGAACAUGAUCUUUGACACUUUUGUAACAUUUUCACUGCUCGUAUACAGUGUACUUCAUGAGGUAUCUGUGCAGCAUCUCCUAACAAACAUCAAUCCUUGUGCAGAUUGCUGGAAUCUUCAGUCACAAGUUAAGAACCAUCCUUCGACUCCAGAGGAGAGCGAAGAAAAGCCACUGGUUGCCUCAACAUACCUUAUGUUUUACCUUUUUCUUCUUUUGAUAUGCCUACACCUCUUGAUGGUAAUAAGCAAUUAUUACACUCCUGAAGGAAUAGUGGGCACUGAAGAUGAAGUACUGGAGACAGAAUAUGACAAACUCAUUGACAUGGAUGAAUACGUGAAGUCGUUGAGCCAGUGGGUUGCCUCCUGCCUGAAAAUGAUUGUGUGUGUUGUGUUUCUUCUCCUGUAUGUAUGGACUAUUCUGUCACCUGUUGUCUUGCCAGCAAACAAAUAACUCCAGCCCACAAUCUUACUACAAUUUACUGAAAAGAAGCUAUAAGGUGAUGGAAAAAGACAAACUUAUCAGCUAGUUUUGUAACACUAUCAAAAUUUUCUCAACUAAUUUGUUAAGAAAUGAGUAGCAGCUAUUAAGGGGAAUUGCUCAGUACAUCAGAUCUCCUGAGUUAAGGGGAAAAUAUUUAUAAUGAUUUCUGAUCACAGCUCUGAGCUCAAAUGUUUCCAAAGCCAUUUGGGAACCUACAUGAAAAAUUGUAAAUUGGUUUCCAAAAUUAAAAUUUUUUUCUCCAGGAAAAAAAAACACUCUCAUCACAACAUUAAUGAUAUACUAAACCACAAACAAACAUUCUUAUCUGUGGAUCAAGUGAGCAGUAAAUGAUUGUUUGUGGUUUGCAUUUAAUUUCUUUUAUAUCGGGUAACAGAAAAGCUUGAGUGAUGUGUUAUAAAGUUUAUAGUUUCACUUUGAUUGCAGACCAUACAAUAUUUUCAUAAACAUAUAAUACUGUAUACUAUAUACUGACUUGCCCAUUUUGAUUAUAAAUAUAAAUUACAUUAUAUAUUAUAAUGCUAUUAAUAAGAUACAUAGAAAAAUUACUCAGUUCUGAUUGGUUAAGAUAAACGCAGUUUUCAGGUAGUUCAGUGGAGAAGAGGGUAAAUUCAGUGCAAAGAAGUAACAAACCAGACUGAACAAUUCCUUGAACUGUUUAGCUGGACUUUGAACUUUUUUGCACCUUAAAGAUAUGAAAAUAGCAUUGUAUAUUAUUGUUUUGAUUGAACACAGUUUUUUUGACUGAAGGCACAAUGUCACUUGCAUAAUUUGAAUAAUAACCUGAUUUGAAAAAUAACGUUAUUUUUGCACUUGAUGUGCACUUUGCUUCUGCAUAAUUACGGUGAGCUAUCUUGUAUUUUUCAUGUAUCUUAUUAAUAACAUGUAAUCACAUGAUUUUUCUUGUGCAAUUUGGAAUAAAUAAGCACUUGUAAAUUUUUUUGAAGACCACAAAUUACACUGGCCCUACAGGCUCAUGCAAUUUUGUUAGUCUUUAAAAAAAUUUACUUGCUCUUAUUUAUUCCAAAUUGCACUCAAAAUUAUGUGAUUAUCUAAAUAAAUUUAAAACUAUCAGUGAUAUUUGUAAUUAGAGUAUCAUGACUUUAUAGUUUAUUUUCAAUGAUUUUUUUUCAGUUGGUAGGUUUUUUAAUACGGAAAUAAAAUUUCUACAAUUUGACUUACUCCCUGCUUUUGUAGAUCUUCCAGAACUUUCAAGUUGUACGGCACCAUUCAACAGCGAUGAAGGUGUUCCCUUCUUCUCUGGCAUCUCUGGUAGGAGAAAAUCUAGGAGACGUACAGGAAGACUGGUGACAGUAAAUAACCAGAAGAUUGCAUUGCUCAAACAUAAAGGAACAGUUUAUGCCUUGGAUGAAAUGUGUCCACACAUGGGUGAGUAGAUGUGAGGGUCAUUCUGUAAGAUAAGGUUAGAUUGGAUGAGAUAAGAUAAUUUAGAUAACAUCAAAUUCAUGGGGAAUGUUAAAUCUCCAUAGCCUAAGGCUCAUGAUGUAAGUGUUUGAAAAGCUCAAACACGAAGGCAUAUACAUGCUAAAAGCAAAGAAAAUAUGCAAGAAUUAUGAAGAAGGUCUAAAGACUACCAUGCAUUGCUUAAAGAAAAUUUGUCAGUGCAAAAUGCAAACAGUUCAUGAGAGUGCUCAAAUUUAUCAGGUAGAAGUUGCAAUCUUGAGCUAACACCAAAUGCUUGUAACUUAUUUAUGAUGAAAUAUGUUGCAGCUAGAGGGGAGAAUUAACAAUCAGAUCUUGGGAGUUAAAGGGUGGAUUGAAUUCUGUUUCAAUGCAGGUGGCCCUCUUCAUCUUGGGGACAUUGAAGAGCUGGGUCAGGCAGCCCUGCCAUGCAUUGUGUGUCCUUGGCAUAGUUGGAAGUUUUCCUUAGAAAAUGGAUUUGUGAAAGAUCCUGCUUGUGAGAAGGGUACAAAAGUUGGUAUUUAUCCUGUGCAAGUCACUGACAAGGGAGAAUUGCGAGUUGGCUUCAGGUCUUUUUCCCCAGACUAUUUCAAUGGUGCAAUGGAAUUCUAGUUUUAAAAAGCUCUCAGCUCAUGUGAGUUUGAUACAUGAGAGAAUCUGGUUGUGCAUUGAUUACAGGCUGACAGAAAUGCCCAGCAUGUUAUGGUACAUUGUGGUUUGCUGUGUGCAACAGGUGUUCUAAGUUGAGUGAAUUCGAAUGCAAUAAUGUGCACAAUGCACCAAAUCCAACAUUUGAAUUGCGUUGAGAAGGCUGAUAACUGUUACAUGUAAUCCUUUGGUAACAGGUUCAACCUGUACAUUGUGAUGACAUGUUUCACUGUGUCAACUGUUGUUCAACAGGGACAUGUUAGCAGUGAGCCAUCUACAUUCUUGGAUGGGGUUUUCAAAUGCAUGGAAAAUCCCAGAUAAUCGAUGAGAACUUUGUAGUUUUCUCAGUGUCCCAGUGUUUGUCAGUUCAUUUAUAAUGUGAAAUUGCAAAAUGUCUGUCUCUGGGACUGAAGGCAAGCAACUAAGGAUUAGUUACAAGCCAUGUAAGCUGUGUCACUCCCCCAUGUUUUUGGUGUAGUUUAAAUGAUUGUUGACCAAUGCAAAAAUCUUUAAAAUAUCAGGUAAGGUGGGCAUUCUCCCAAAUUCUCUAUCUCCAUUUUUCUUUGGUGAUUCCAGUUUUUGGUGGUAUGUCUUUAAUUUUGUAUUGGUUUAAAAAAUCUGGAAUGGGCAGGCUUUGAAAUGAAGGCAAUUCAUUGUACAGAAUGUAUAAUUUUUACAAAGGUUUUUAUAAUUGGUAACAGUGUAUUGUAGAAAAAUGAUCCAUUCAAAAUAGUUAAUAAACAUUAAGGGGCUCACAGUGACAGUUCACGCAAUGAUGGAACAGAG